AUGUCAAGCACCAAGGACCACCAAGUUGCCGCCGAUGGCGUGGCCGCGCUUCUUUCCUCGCUUGGUCUAAGCCCCCGGGUCAAGGCCUACAGGAACAGUACCUGGUACACUGUCACAAAAGAGGCUAUCACCAAGGGCCGGCACACUGUUCCAGGCCUUGGCACGGAGGAUCUGCACGCGCACCCGGCACGGAUGCUCCGCACCGGUGCUGCGCCGGGCAGAUGCUUACCGAGCACCCGUCGGCAACAACAGGGGUGUGGUGAUGGGUACUAUCGCAUCAAGGGAACCGUAGGGGGGAAAGACACGUGGGCGAUCUAUCUGUGCGUGUCGUGCGCCUCCAAAGAAGCCAUCCGUGUGCCGUACGGGCGGUGGGUAAAGAGUCCCCCGCCCGUUACGUGA